UUUAAGAAUCCCAAUUACACUCCUGGACAUGAUGUUAUGGUACAUCUAUUUGAAUGGAAGUGGUCGGAUAUUGCGGUUGAGUGUGAACGUUUUCUGGGUCCUAAGGGUUAUGCCGGCGUUCAAGUUUCACCAAUCCAAGAAAAUAUAAUAAUACCAAAACGUCCUUGGUGGGAGCGAUAUCAGCCACUCUCUUACCACUGGAUGACACGUUCCGGAAACGAGGCUCAAUUCCGUGACAUGGUACGGCGUUGUAACAAAGCUGGUGUUAGAAUUUACGUAGACAUAAUAAUAAAUCAUAUGUCAGCACAACGAUCCUUGAGUGAAGCUGUAAUUGGAACAGGGAAUUCAACAGCUGACUUAAAAACUAAAAAUUAUACCGCAGUACCUUAUAAUCAUAAUGAUUUCCAUACCUCUUGUACAAUCGACAACUGGAAUGAUCCAUUCCAGGUUCGUAAUUGUGAAUUAGUUGGUCUCCAUGAUCUAGAUCAGAGUUCUGAGUAUGUAAGGAAAAAAAUAGUGGAUUUCAUCAAUGAUAUGAUUGAUGCUGGUGUUGCUGGAAUUAGAGUUGAUGCUGCUAAACAUAUAUGGCCAAAAGAUCUUGCAAUAAUCUAUUCCCGUUUACAUAAUUUGAGUACUGAACACGAUUUCCCUGCCGGAGCACGUCCUUACAUUUAUCAAGAAGUUAUUGAUAUGGGCAGUGAAGUAAUUUCAAAGUAUGAAUAUAAUUCUUUAGGCGCAGUAACCGAAUUUAAGUAUGGGUUAGAACUAAGUCGUGGUAUUCGCGGUGAAAAUCCUUUGAAGUGGUUCAAAAACAUUGGGGAAGAGUGGGGACUGCUAUCUAGGAAAGACGCGCUAAUUUUUAUCGACAACCAUGACACCCAACGCAGUCAUAAUGGCGUUACUGCUGUCUUAACUCAUAAAGAAGCUCGACUGUACAAAAUGGCGGUUGCGUUCAUGCUAGCGCAUCCUUACGGCAAUCCGCGGGUCAUGAGUUCAUUUGCGUUUGAUGAUUUUGAUCAGGGUCCACCUGCUGAUGUUAAUGGCAACAUAUUAACUCCGAUAGGUGAUAAUAAUAGUAUUCGCUGUGCUGAUGGAUGGAUUUGUGAGCAUCGAUGGUCGCAAAUAGUUAAUAUGGUUGGAUUCCGUAAUACCGUGGCUGGAACGGAAAUCUGUGAAUGGUGGGACAACUGGAAUAACCAGAUUGCUUUUUCACGUGGUAAUAGAGGAUUUAUUGCUAUUAAUGCUGAAAAAUAUGAUCUGAACAAACGUAUCAAGACUUGUCUUCCUGAGGGUACUUAUUGUGACAUUAUUUCGGGGGAUUUAGUUGGAGAUGGUUGUACAGGAAAACGUCUGAUUGUUGAUAUUAAUGGUUUUGCUAAUGUUAAUAUUGUUAUUAGUGACCAAGAUCAGGUCGUUGCAUUUCAUAUCAAUGCGAGAAUAAAUUAAAGUGGAUUUUAAAAGAAG